AUGCUGGAAAUAGAUGAGGCAGAUGACAAGGUACAUCUCACGACCUUCAAAGCAGGAUUAAAGUCCAGGGAUUUUGUGGCAUCCUUGGCAAAGAACCCCCCUAAGACAAUGGCCGAGGCAUUGCUAAAAACUCAGAAGUACAUGAACGCGGAAGAAGCCCUGGCAGCUAUUGACGGGGCAGAUAAGAGCAGGGAAAAGAAGAAAGAAAAGGAGGACGAUCGAAGAGGGCUUAAAAGGGAUCGGGCUGACAGACGGAAUGACAAUGGAAAUAGAAGGAGGGAGGAUAAGAACCCUCUUCCAUCAAAAUUCACUCCGCUGGUGAUGCCAGUUGAUCAGAUUCUAACAGAAAUAAGGGACGAACCAUCCCUAAAGUGGCCAAAACCACUCCAUUCAGCGCCUGGAUUGCGCGAUAAAAGGAAAUACUGCCGUUUCCACAAAGAUCACGGGUAUUACACGGAGGAUUGCAGGGACCUCAAAGAACAGAUUGAGGAGCUCAUCCGUAAUGGGAAGCUACAACAGUAUAUAAAAAGGGGAGAUUCCGGUAGGUAUGGACAGAAAAGCCAGCAAGUUAAUACACGGAGAGACAAAGACCGCCUCCAACCUCGUCCACAGAGCGCGCUAGGGGAAAUAAAGACCAUCGCCGGGGGACCAACCACUGGGGGAUCAUUCAAGUCUCUCAGGAAAUCAUACCAAAGACAGGUAAACAGCGUCCACAGUAUACCUCCAUCAAAGCAAAGACGCAUCAGUGGAGACUUGUAUUUCUCUGAGGAGGAUGCCAGAAGUGUGAAGCAACCCCAUGAUGACCCACUCGUCAUUAUGAUCAUGAUCAAAGGGUUCAACACGCGAAGAGUCCUGGUCGACAGCGGAAGUUCAGCAGACAUAAUCUAUCUUCCUGCCUUUCAACAACUAAAGCUGGACCCCAAAAGGCUCCGUCCUUUUGAGUCUCCCCUCGUUAGUUUCAGCGGAGACAAAGUAUACCCCAGAGGAAUCGUGGCGUUGACAAUAACAGCUGGGUCAUACCCCCUUCAGGUAACCAACCAGCACAAUUUCCUGAUAGUAGACUCACCCUCAUCCUACAAUGUGAUCAUAGGGAGGCUAAUGCUUAAUCGCUGGAAGGCUGCUAUCUCCACCUACUGCUUAAAGGUGAAGUUCCCAACAGAACACGGCGUCGGGGAGAUUAAAGGAGAUCAAGUACUGGCAAGAGAAUGCUACCAUGCCGUCCUGGCCCCAAAAGAGAACCAUACGUGGACAAUUGAAGAGAAAACACCAGAGAUUAUGGAAAAACUUGAAACGGUAGAGCUGGCUGAAAGGAAUCCUCCGAAGACGACCUAA